AUGAAUGCCUUUCGGGCUAUGAAAGCUCUUGGAAUAAACGAAAAGCAAGUUAAACCCGUGUUGAAAAAGAUGCUAAAGCUGUAUGAAAAAAAUUGGGAGCUUAUUGAAGAGGAAAAUUAUAGAGCUCUUGCGGAUGCCAUUUUUGACGAGGAGGAGUCUAAGGUUCCGGACAAGAAUGAUAAUGCUACUGAGGGAACUUUUGAGGAAGAAACUCUCAUUUCUAGUGAGCUAGAACAACCAUUAAAACGGUUGAGAAGAGGCCAAGAUGGGCAAGGAUCCUCCUCUCCUAAUAACAGUGACCUUGGCUUGACUGGAAGUCCUUUAAAGAAGCCUAAAGUGGAGGUGAAAGCACUGCCUGGUGCAAAAUCCCAGCAGCAAUCACUGGAUAUGAGAAAUUCACAGCCCAGUCCUAUUUCUCCUCAGAAUCUUAUGGGAAACAUGAGCUCGCAAACCAUUUCUCCUAGUCGUUUGGCAGUACAGGAACACUCUCAUCAGCAUGAUUUACCUGAUAUGAGUGGAGCAUUGCCGACUGAUUCAUUUUUGCCUCGUAAGCAGCCUUCAUACAAGGGAAAAGAACCUUUAUUACCUGAGGCUGCUCCGCAAGAUAAAAGACCUAAUUUAAAAGGAUCAUCGCAAGCAGUGCGCUUCAAAGACCUCAUAGUUCAACCAGGCAUUGUUCUCUCACCCAAACAAAAAGUCCCUGAUACUUGUUCUCUGAUCAAGCCUAAAGAUGAGCCAUUUACUGGUGAUGUGCCUUUUAAUGACGUACCACAACCUAUUGCAAUAAUCCGACCAGGUAAAUUGAUUCAACCAUUGGAAAACCAAGGAAUCGGAGGGUACUGUUUGCAGAAUGUCAAAACUGCAAUUAAUGUCUCUCUUAUUGUUUCUUCCACCUUCAAAGAUUCUGCAAGCAAAGACCAUUCUAUUAUUCAGAGAGUUUCUCCAGGCAAACAGCAUCUCCAAGAACCUCCAUCAUCUCAGUUUUUAGCUGGAGAAGAUAGGGAAGAAAACAUCCCAGUUUCAUCAAGUCCAACAAGAGACAGCUGCAAACUUGCAACCAUUCCAGAGGAAGCUCCGGCUAGCUUAGAGAUUGCCACCUCAGCAUUGGGAGAGGUGAAGAUUUCUCUGAGCUGCAACUCUAUGCUUGGAAGACCAAAUUUUCAUAUGCCUAGUCAAGAUGAACUUCUGCAAUCAAUGCAGGAGAAAUGUCUCCGAUCUUACAAAAUCCUUGAUCCAAACUUUUCUGUCAUGCAAAUGCUGAAAGAUAUGUGUGAAUGCUUCUUGGAUUUGGCAACUGAUUCCUCUCAUGAAUCGCAGGAAAGGAUAUUGAAUGUAACACCAGCUCUUGAUCUAUUGAAGAAAUCUGCUGGUGAAAAAAACCAUGUACCAGCCUACAUCGCAAAUGGAUCAGUUGAUGGGGUGGCUGCUCUUCAAAUUUCAAGACCACUACAAUCUCUGAAUGGUUUGGAGGUUGUGAAAUUGAGUGAAGCUAUUGGAAGUGGCAAAGAAAAUGAAUUUAGAGACGCUGAGUUUGGUAGUUUGAUUGUGGUUCCACAGUGUCAACUGACUCCUGAUGAGUUUAGGUCCCUUCACUACCAUACUGACAUCACUAAGGGAGAAGAAAUGUUUGAGAUUCCUUGGUCGAACGAAGUAAACAGCAAGUUUCCUCCAUAUUUUAACUACAUACCCCGGAAUCUGAUUUUUCAGAAUGCUUAUGCCAACUUUACUCUCUCUCAAAUUAGGGCUGAAAAUUGCUGCUCAGCAUGUAUUGGUAAUUGUUUGUCGUCAUCCACACCUUGUGUUUGCUCCAGUGACGCUGAGCAUGGUUUUGCAUACACUUUAGAAGGCUUUGUCAAGGAAGAUUUCUUGGAAGAUUGCAUCUCUCUGACUCGGGAUUCUCAACGACAAUGCCUUUCUUAUUGUAGAGAUUGCCCACUGGAAAGAUCAAAAAAUGAUGAGAUGUUGGAACCAUGCAAGGGUCACAUGAAGAGGAAAUAUAUAAAAGAAUGCUGGAGCAAAUGUGGCUGCCACAAACAGUGUGGAAAUAGAGUCGUGCAGCGAGGUAUAAGGUGCAAGUUGCAGGUUUUCUUUACCCCUGAAGGAAAGGGGUGGGGUCUCAGAACUCUAGAAAUGCUAGCAAAAGGAACAUUUGUCUGUGAGUAUGUAGGGGAGAUACUAACCAACAAAGAGUUCUAUGAGAGGAAGAUGCAAAGGACAAGUAGCAACAAGACUGAGAAGCAUGCCUAUCCAGUUAUACUUGAUGCAGAUUGGUGCUUGAAAGGAUUUGUAAAGGAUGAAGAAGCUCUGUGCUUGGAUGCGACAUUUUAUGGAAAUGUUGCUAGGUUUAUCAAUCACAGAUGUCUUGAUGCAAAUAUGAUUGAGAUCCCUGUGAAGAUAGAGACUCCUGAUCAUCAUUAUUAUCAUCUUGCUUUCUUCACAACAAGAGAAGUGAAUGCCUUAGAAGAGUUAACCUGGGAUUAUGGUAUUGAUUUUGAUGAUACUGAUCAACCUGUGGAGGUAUUCCAGUGUCGCUGUGGCAGUAAGUUCUGCAGGAACAUGAAACGUUCAAAUAGUAAGCUUAUUCUAACUCUUUAUGAGGCAUGGGGUUGA